AUGAAACACCUUCGAUGCCCCGCGUUUGUCACUUGGUACAAACGAGUCCCGCGGCGAUUGACGGAUUCUGAGGACGGUGAAGAGUUGCGCGGAUCCGUUGGAACUUUUUCAGCCAUCAUUCCCGAGGAGAUAAGAGACUAUGCCUUGAUUGCCGCACAAGAGGACUCGCGCCUCCCUCCGAUAGAAUUGGGCGAGGUGCCCACGCUGAAGGGCACCGUAACUGUGCUUCACUCCUUCGAAGUAAAUCGUCCACACUUGUUUUGUGUCCUGAUGUCGUGCGAGAGGAUAGUAGUGAAGUGUAUGACAAGUAGAAUCGAUGCUCUUUGCCCUUCUGAAAACGCCGUUGUACUUUCAGUUACACGCUUACGUCCACCCAGCUGCAGCGUGCGAGCGAGUUCGGUAGAGUUUUACAAGGCGGAAAACUCGAAACGAAAGUGCCAAUGCGGUGAGCAAGAGGGGGAACGAGAACAGAGAAUAGCAGAGCGGCAGCAGACCAAGAACAGUCGGUACUGGAAGACUGGCGUGCACGGCUUGGCGGCAAAGUUCCACGUUAAUGGACAAAUAUAUUCGGGUGCGUAUCUACCGCAAGUUAUGGUUGAGUUCGAAAUGAAGGCGAAUGACAUUGCUGAGUUGAUUCGCAAAGCGCAGUAUUUCGGCGAGAUUACAGAAGAGCUCCUUGACUCAGUGCAGCUAACAAAAUUUCAAGGCACGCACGGAUCGCUAUCGUUUUCCGAGCACAAGAAUGAACACGGAGUGAUGACAGGCGUCACGUGUUCAAAUGGACAUGUUAAUGGAAAACAAAGCAGGAAGUUUUCCGGUGGAACUGAACGCCACAGGUGACGCCGCAGAUCAUCAAGGGGAGGCUAGUGACAGCAGUUCGUCGUGAGGAUUAAAUAAAUGAGGGUCUGUACAGCAUCGUGUGGCCGCAAGUCUGGCACAUCGUGUCCCAUGCUGUUUGGUGCUAUUUUGAGGGAUCCGACCGCGUUAGCACAAAAAUUGUGUUCGCGUUUGGUUUUCACUGUGCUUGGUUGACGGCAUUACCUUUUUUCUGGAGGGAGAGACUUCCCUGGGGUUGACCAUCCUUCUUGGAGGGUGAUGCAUCCAAGCAAAAACGAAUAGCAGUGAGGUACACGGUAUCUUCCUCGUGAACGUCCGCUCUAGAACCACAGACACCCCUCAACAUCAGAGACGGGCGUGCGUUUUCGUCCGACAACUUUUGUUUGCGAAUUUUUGGGUUUUGCGCGUGUGAGGAUAGUAUACAAGAAAGGACGAAAUAGUGUUGCUGCUGGAGCGAAAGGUGUGCCUAAGCGAAGUUCGCGGGGGGAUGAAGCGACGUUCGUUCGCGUGGACAAUAGAUUUCCCAGGCGAACGGAGAAGGCCUUGUGUUUUAAGCCAGACGGGUGAAUGAUGAAUGAUGCUCCA